GCGAAAUUGUCGGUGCGGGCAAGCGCUCGGCACGCGAUGUGUUUCCAUUUCCACGUUCUUUUUCGAGUCACACGUGGUCGUGGUUCAUCGUCUGGAACGCGUCUGAAAGCCAGGCGGCUUGUCGCGUUCCCCUGCCGUCUCCGUCUGGCACGAGGUUGAGUUGUGUGUGCCCCGAGCGGGGAGAGCGGGGUUGGGGGCAGGGCAGAUGACGACGUGAUGUGAUAAGGCCCUCGCGGACGGAAGCUUUAGUGAUAGGACGCUACCGGUAGUAGGCUCUUCCUCAGCAGGGUGAAGGAAGCGAGAGCCGGCAAGUGCGAGAGCAUUGUUGGGCAACACGAGUCGGAAGCGGAGUUGCCUUACGCGAGGAGCGCGUUGGAGAGGAAGGGAGGGGUGAAAAAAGGGAGGGUCGGACGAAGGGAGGGGUGACGAAAGGGAGGAGAAGGCAACACGUUGAUUGGUUCUGCACGUCCCGAGGGGAAGCCACCACCAUGGCUAUGGAGAAUGCCAGCAAAUGGAUAGUGGAAGUGGAGCCGGCCAAUACAGAAGCUUCUCCGGUCGCCGGACCUGUCUAUCGCAGUGUGUUUGCCAAGGACGGAUUCCCGUCAUUGAAGGGUGUCGAGACCUGCUGGGAUAUCUUCAGGUCGUCUUGUGAGAAGUUUCCAGACAACGAGCUGCUGGGCCAUCGCCCUAAUCUUGACGGUCAGGCUCAACCAUAUGUGUGGAAGACAUACAAGGAGGCGAAAGCCAUUGUGGAUGCUGUCGGCUCGGCCUUUAUUCACAUUGGGAAGAAAUCAGGGCAAACAAUUGGAAUCUAUGGAGCGAAUUCACCGGAAUGGGUUAUGGCAAUGGAGGCAGUUUCCAGGCAGAACUUAAUAGGCGUGCCUCUGUAUGACUCGCUCGGUCCGGAUGCAGUUCAGUUCAUCAUUAAUCAUGCUGGUGUGACCACGGCAGUCGUGCAGAAGAUUAAGAUGCCUGUGUUUUUGGAUGUCAUUCCAAAAUGCGGAGGCAGUCUGAAAUCUGUGAUAUGCAUGGGCGAACUGGAUUCGUCUUGGAAAUCAAAGGCUGCAGAGCAGGGUGUGGAUGCGUAUUCUUGGCAGGAAUUCAUUGACAUGGGUAAGGCGAACCCUGUGGAACCCAAUCCUCCAAAGGCCAGUGACAUCUCCACGAUCAUGUACACAAGCGGGACCACAGGGGAGCCAAAGGGUGUUGUUCUUUCACAUGAAGCGUUGCUGGCAGUGAUUGCAUCCUGUGACAUGUACCUGAUGAAGGUCAAUUUUGAGAUAACUGCCAAGGAUGUGUUCAUAUCUUAUCUGCCACUUGCACACAUACUCGACCGAACAUUGGAAGAGUUCAUGAUCUACAAAGGAGCGAAGAUCGGUUUCUGGCAAGGGGAUGUGAAGUUGCUUGUACAUGAUAUUGGGGAGCUCAAGCCAACAGUCUUCCCAGGUGUUCCUCGCAUAUUCGACAGGAUUUAUCAAGGUGUAACUGCUAAAGUCAAGGAAAGUGGCCGGCUCAAGCAGGCAAUGUUCAACUGGGCUUAUAACUGGAAGUUAUCUCGGCUGGAGCUUGGAAUUCCGAGUUCCAAGGCAACUCCAGUUUGGAAUAUGCUUGUUUUUGGCAAGAUCAAGCAACGACUGGGGGGACGUGUGAGAAUUAUAAUCUCGGGAGCAGCACCUAUUGCCCGGCAUGUUGAGGACUUCAUGCACGUAGCAAUGUGUGCCCCUGUCGUUCAAGGAUAUGGGUUGACGGAGACUUGUGCUGGCAACUUCAUUUGCAUCCCUGACCAAAAAAUGGCCGGGACUGUGGGCCCUCCUUUGCCAAACGUUGAUGUUCGACUGGAAGCCGUACCUGAGAUGAAUUACGAUCCCUUAGGAAACCCACCUCGAGGAGAGAUUUGCAUGAGAGGAAAGCCACUUUUCAAGGGGUACUACAAGAGAGAUGACCUCACGAAGGAGGCAAUUGUUGAUGGCUGGUUUCACACAGGAGAUAUUGGGGAAUGGCAGCCUGACGGAAGCAUGAAGAUCAUUGACAGGAAGAAGAACAUCUUCAAGCUGUCACAAGGAGAAUAUGUUGCUGUUGAGAAUUUGGAGAACAUAUAUGGACAGUGCAGUGCAGUGGAGAUGGUUUGGGUGUACGGGAACAGUUUUGAGUCUGUCCUCGUUGCUGUUGCAGUGCCGAAGGAGUCAGCUCUUCUUGCAUGGGCUGCUUCAGCUGGCAUCGAGGGAGAUUAUGAAGCACUCUGUGCUAAAGCAGAGGCCAGUAAAUGGAUUCUUCAGCAGCUCACUGAGGUUGGCAAGCGAGGAAAGUUGAAAGGUUAUGAGCUGGUGAAGACAGUACACCUGGAUCAUCGGCCAUUCGAUAUGGAGAGAGAUCUCUUGACACCGACUUUCAAGAAGAAGCGCCCACAAUUGCUCAAGUAUUACAAGGCUGAGGUGGAUGCAAUGUAUGCGGAGGUGAAGAAGAAGGAAGUCAUCAAGCCUUCCGCUUAAAGGGAAAACCGGCAUUGGCCCAGAUAUAUGGCGAUGGAACAGGAUUUUGAUCGUGUGGUUCUCUUUCCAUGCAUGGGGCGAGUCUGAGAAUCAAGCCGUUUGGGUAGCACAGGUGUUGUCGGCCAUUCUACGAUGUCCACAAUGCAUGGCAUGAUGGAGUUCGAUCCUGAACAAGUGGAUUGGUCUUCUGCUGUGAAUCAUGUCCCCCUAGGGUUCUUGGUGGCAAUCCUGAGUAUGUGGAUAACAUCACCGUGAGGAUCGCGGGGGACGACCCUGAUGAGUCUGUCAGUCAAAGCUUUCAGUACAGGUUUCCGUGGGAGCGGGGGGCAAUGUCUAGGGGUACUGGGUGGUAUUGAUCCUGCGUUCGUCAGUGUACGGAGAGUAUUACAGCAAGGAUCCUUGGGGCAACCCAGAGUCAGUCUGUGAAAGCUUUUGGGAAGGGCUUUUGUGGGAGCAGAGUACAUAGUCUAGGGGUACUGGGUGACAGUGGUGUUUGGGGGGUACUUGGUUGGUAUUAAUCCCACGUUUGUCAGUGUGCGGAGUAUUUCAGCAAGGAUCCUGGGGGCAACCCAGAGUCGGUCUGUGAAAGCUUUCAGUGAGGGCUUUUGUGGGAGCAGAGUACAGAAUCUAUGGGUUACAACUUGGUGGUAGUGGUGUUUGGGGGGUACUUGGUGGCAUCACUGGCGUUGGCGCGUAUGUAUCGUGAUGAUAAAACAAGGUCUUGAUCAUGUGGUUUGCGUUCCGUGUAUGUAGCGGGGUAAUCUUAGAACUGCGAACCGCACCAUUCGCAUAACACAGGUUGCGCUAUUAUAUAUUAUAGCAUGUCUACACAUAGUGACGUAGCAUGACAGAGUUGUAGCAUGAAGACAUUUGGACGGGUCUGCUGCUGUGAAGUGCACAGUUUUAAGGUUUAAAGCUGGAGGGCAUCACAGUUUGCGUUGGGCCCAACGCUGAGCGUGUGCUCAGACAGGUUUGAGAACAGAUUUCCUUGGGAGCAGGAUGGAAUCUAAUGGUAGUGGGUGUCGCUCACAUCUGGAGGAAGUGGUGAGCAUGGCGCUCGUUCUAGAGCAGAAGGUUGAGUACCUAAGUAUUGCCCAGCAUGCAUGGUAGCGUCUGGCAUGUUCGUAGUCGGCAAAGCCUGAAAUUGUCAGCACAUUGAGAAGAGGGAGACCACGGUAGUGAUCGAGAGCAGGAGGUAAGCACCAUAUGUGUAAUGUACCCAGUAGUUUAUGAUGAUGAUUAUGAUGAUGAUGACCCUCUGAAUGGGGAAGGUUUGUGAAUACCAUUUGAGUGGAAAUGGGAGUUCUAUUAUUUUGUGAGUUGUUGAAUAAGAAAUUGUACUGGCCCAUUGGACAGAAACCAUGAUUUGUUUGUUCUAUGUCGGCGUGAAAUGGUUUGGAAACGUCUCUAUAUUCAGUUGGGGGAGUGUUCAUUAAACUUCAUUUAAUUAUCAUUGUGACAUUUCCCAGGGGGGCUGGACCUGUUUGUGUCAGAGAGAGCUGGUGAAAAGCCUGAACUCUUGCCUCACUGGAUUUUUGGUAAUGGAUUGGCAUAGUCAGACUCUUGGCACAGUGGAUGUUUUUGUUGGAUUUCUUUUUUUUUUUUUUUUUUUUGGGUCUUCAUUACUCGUUUUUGCUCAUGGGAUGGUUGUCCAUCCUUGCAUGAGGAGUUCUCGGCUUGUGUCUUCUUCACUGGUUUUGAAGAAUGGUUCUAUUUACUCUUCCGGCGUGAUGUGCAAUUCCCAGUUUGCACCUGGUGGAAAAGGGGAGCUGCAUGGACACUACUGCUGUGGCUUUGGAGAAAAGGUUCUAUUUACUUUACUCUUCCGCAAUGGACGCUACUACAGCGGCUUUGGAGAAAGGUUCUGUUCACUCUUCUGGUAUGAUGUGCAGGAUGUGCAUUUCCCGAUUCACAAAUGGAGCGGGUGCAUUACACGGGCACUACGGUAGAGUACAGUCUCAACUGGUUUUGCACAAAAUUGACAAUUGAAAAUUC